CAUUGAGUGAAGAUGAAGAAGAGAGCUGUCAAUUUGGGCACGAAAUGCCAACAUUGCUAACUUAAAUUCUUUUCUGCAUGUGCUUAAGUUCGAGGUUGGCAUCAUGAGGCAGAUUGUUACCAAUCAAACGGUGAAAAUACCUAAAGGUAUCACUGUCUCCGCCAAGUCUAGAGUGGUCACGGUAACUGGCCCUAGAGGAGUUCUCAAGAGGUCUUUCAAACAUCUUGCACUGGAUAUUCGCAUGAUAAACCCUAGAUUAUUGAAGGUUGAAAAAUGGUUUGGAACCAGGAAGGAGUUGGCCAGUGUACGCACAGUGUGUUCGCAUGUUGAGAACAUGUUGAAGGGUGUAACCAAGGGUUAUCAAUACAAAAUGCGUGCUGUAUAUGCCCAUUUCCCUAUCAACUGUGUAACGAUAGAAAAUGAUACAGUUAUUGAAAUCAGGAAUUUCUUAGGAGAAAAAUUCAUCAGAAGGGUCAAAAUGGCACCUGGUGUAACAGUGAAGAAUUCCCAAAAACAAAAGGAUGAGCUGAUCCUAGAAGGAAACUCUCUGGAGGAUGUUUCAAGAUCCGCUGCUUUGAUCCAACAGAGUACGACAGUUAAAAAUAAGGAUAUCCGUAAAUUUUUAGAUGGUCUAUAUGUGUCUGAAAAAACGACUGUUGUACAAGACGAAUAGACUCAAUAAAUGAUUUAACUAUA